AUGGAGCCGGCUGCGAAUGGUAACACAUCAUACGCGAAAAAGUUACUGAAGAAACUCAUAUAUGAAGUUGAGUUGGAGCAUGGUGAAGUAUUGGAUCAAGUGUAUGAAGAGUACGCUCUUUACAUGUCGGCGGCUUCUAAGGAAGAUGCAUUUGUGAAACAAAACAUAAGGAUCACCAAAUUCAUCUCUUUUCUUUUCCCAGAAGGUUUAUACGAACAUCCAAGUUGUCCAAGGUCAAGGAAAUUAGUUGUUCCGCUGCAAUGUUCAUUGAACAUGCUUGAAGGUGAUACCGGAUUCAUUUAUAUGCGCGAGUCUCCUUCUACAUCUGACCUUGGAUCCUGGGUUGGUUCUGGAGUUGGUAUGGUCGGAAUUUGCCUUGCACAUGUAAAGGCAAAGAAGGUGAUGCUAACAGACGGAGAUCUUUUAACUCUUUCUAACAUGAAGCUUAAUUUGGAGAGGAAUCACUUAAACUAUGAUGACGAGUUGGUCAAACAACCCGGAGAAGCUCAGAGUACACUAGUCAAAUGCAUUCAUCUCCCGUGGGAAACUGCAUCGGAAAGUGAACUGAGCGAAUAUCGUCCAGACGUCAUUGUAGGCGCAGAUGUAAUCUAUGAUCCUUCAUGUCUGCCUCAUCUGCUUCGGGUUCUAGUAGCUCUUUUAAGGAGACCAGCCAAAAGAGAGAAUGGCUCGAUAGAGACCGGAGACAGAGACACGGCACAGCAAGGUCGCAGCCCCGUGGUGGCUUAUAUCGCAUCUGUGAUCCGCAAUGCAGACACUUUCAAUGCGUUCUUGAGGCUUGUGGAUCAAAUGGACCUUUCUCUCACAGAUGAACCCAUGUACUCUCUUGCUUCUGUUCUGUGA